AAUAUAAAUUUUCAUUGAAGAGAUGAUUAUAUUGAGAACAAACGUAAAUAUUUUCAAAAACGUGAACUGUCCAGAAAUUUCUAGCAACUCAACUGUCGCCUAUCGCACAGUUUCGUGAACGUAUUCAGGCGGUGUUUGAUCGUCGAAGAAUUGAUGUCAAGUUCUUAUGAGCUAUAACAGUGUUAAUUUUUGUAAUAUUUUGUUCAUUAUUGUCAGAAAUUUGAGAAACGUUGAACAUUUCCUUUGCUGUUGAAUUCGUGUGAAUUAUAUUUGUUGCCACUUUUAAGAAAAAUUAUGUCUACCAAGGCUGACGAGUUAAAAUUGGAUAUAGACGAAUUUAACAACCUGCUUCAACAAGCAAGUCGACAGAGAGCCAAAGAUGUAAUUAAUAUUGAAAUUAGGAGGUUACAAACGGAAUUGGCUAAGUUACUUGAAGAACAGAAAGAUACAUCUGUAAAAUCAUCCGAUGCAAAACCGAGUUCUUCUAAGAAAUGCUAUGAGGUCAAAUUGAACAAUUAUGGGUGGGAACAAACAAGUUCAGCAGUAAAGUUGUACAUCACUUUAGAAAAUGUACAUCAGUUAUCUAAAGAUGCUGUAAAAUGUUCCUUUACCGAGAUGUCAUUGGAUCUGCAAGUGCUUGGAUUGGAUAAUAAAAAUUAUGUUCUAACAAUUAACAAUCUAUGCGAAGAUAUUGAUCCUAGCAAGAGCAGUUUCAAAGUGAAAAAAGAUAUGAUUAUUGUUUCUCUUGCCAAGAAAGAUACAAAGGAAUGGUCGCACGUGACAAAAGUAGAAAAUACGAUCAAAAAAUUGAAGUCAUCUUCUAUUCCAGACAUGACUGAUAAAAAUGAUUACAGUACAGGCAUAAUGAAUUUAAUGAAGAAGAUUUAUCAAGAAGGAGAUGAUGAAAUGAAGAAAGCAAUAGCCAAAGCAUGGACAGAGAGUCAACAACAACAACAACAACAACAACUGUAGAUGAGAUUUGGUCAGUCAGAUGUGUAAUUUUAUGUUUAAAUGCAGUUUAAAAUCAUUACCUAACAAAAGUUUAAUGUAUAGAAUAGAUUUAGGCAUAAAGAGAUCGCGCAUAUAUUUGUUUUUAUACAGUGAUAUUUUCUCCUUGUGUGUUGUAAAUAAUUUUAAUUCAUAUAACAAUAACAUUAAUUGAUUGAAAUUUAUUUUAAUUUAAUUUAAUAUCUCUUUUACUUCUUAUCCAUAGGCUAUAAGCUGUAUUGUAGUGUAUCAUGCUAUUAUUA